AGAAAAAAAGAAAAUGCAGCUUGGACAUUCCCAGGCUGGGAAAUAUAGUGGAGAGUGAGAAGAGGAAGAGAGGAGGGCUGUUUUCAUGCGCUGAGAUCUUACAUGAAGGAAGAUUUUAAGAGGUUGGGGUGGGGUGGGGUGGGGGGGAGAGACAUCACUUGAAGAGGCUAAUGGAGACUGUGUGAUAAGAACUGAGAGGAGAAAGUUUUCUUGCGGAGAAUGCGGAGAGGAAGCAAAAGCAGGAAAGGAGCUGAGGACUAUGUAGGAAUUCCUGACUGAAGUCAUGGGUUCAGAGGCAAUGGAGGAUUGUGUGCAGGGGGCGCUCUCGUCGCUUUACCCUCCUUUUGAGAGCACGGCGCCACCCCUCCUCUCCCAGGUCUUUUCGGUCCUGGAGUCAACCUAUCAACACGACAGUCUUCGCUACCUCCUGGACUACUUCGUUCCUGCCAAGCACCUCCUGCACAAACUCCAGCAGCAUGCCUGUUCUCAGUACCUGGGAUGCUUGUUCCUUCACUCCGGCUGGCCUUUGUGUCUAGGUGAGAAAGUGGUCGUGCAGCUCUCCACACUGGACUGGAGGCUUCUGCGCAGUAAUGACUUCUAUCUGCAGGUGGUGCCCUUCUCCACGCGCUGCCCCCGCCUUGCCCUAAAAUGUCUGGCCCCUGGGGGGCGCACUGUUCAGGAAAUCUUGGUACCUGAGUCACAGCACCCCCUUGUGUUCACCACUGAGUGGCUGCACAGCGUCAACAAAGAGCGGGGCCACAAGAGAGAAGUUGGAGGAGGACUCGACACCUGCCUGGUCAGUACAUGUGAUGGUGUGGUUAGACUUCCGUGGAAGGAGGUUGUCUAUCCAAAAUUCAUCCACGACCCCUCUGAGGAGCUGGGCCUGAUGUCCAGCCACGAGGGCCCCGUAUCCAACCGUCUGCCCAGUGAGGGGGCAGCAGCCUUCGGGGGCUGGGGUGGCUCAUCCUCUGGAGAACUGGACUCCUGGUCCUGGGAUGAGGAGGAAGAUGAUGGUUUACAACCAGACGGCUUGGACUCUGCGCCUGCGCUUCCCCGCCGAAGACGCAGCGAAGAUGGGCUCGGGCGGACAGCGAGGCACCCUCAGCUGGACGGGGACUAUGUGGAGCUGUUGGAACCCAGAGUGGGUCCUGAUGGAGGGGUUGACACAAGGCAGAGGUACCUGGAGAUGCAUGGAAUUUGUAAGACCAAGACUUUGCCUCUGUGCAGGAGAGGUAAAGCCAUCAAACUCCGGAAGGGGAAAGCUUGGGGAUACGGUAGACUGGAAGGGUCAGGAAGUUUUCGAGCUGUCCUUGGUGCCAAAAGAGAAACAGUAACCCCAAAAGGAGACAUUUUGCCACCUCGGCCUCCACCAGGAGUCGCUGAACCUGGCAGAGGCAGGCGGUCUUACUCCUCUUCUGUCCACGACUCUGAUGAAGGGGAUAAAACAAGCAGAGACUCUGGGGGCCUGGAUAGCCACCGGCUUUAUUUUGAUGGCCCAUUCAAAGAGAGAAGGCCCGGUGUGGGCAAGGAGAGAGAUAGCAACGGCCUCAGCCAGCCGUGCAGAGAUGAGCACAGAGGUAAAGACUCAGGAAGCGGUGAUAGUUUGGUCACAAAUGAAAUCCAUGACUUGACAAACCACGAAGUCGGGCAUGUUAUAGAGGGCCACUCAGAUCACGGAUCUCAUUCAGACUCUGUUUUCGAGGAUACAGAUAAACCACUGAGCGGAGACAGUGAUGCCACCACCCCAACAUCAGACGCGACAGAAAGAUCAUUCACUGGCGUUUUUGAAAGUGGAGAGGUUACCAAAAGUGGAUCUAAAACGAAAAGCUUGUCUAACCCAAAGGUGACAGAAGAAAGGAAUGAAGGGAAGACGGAGGACAGAGUGUGUCCCAGAGGAAAGGAAGUUAAAACUGCAGGAUUCAGAGCGCCAAGGAGGAAAAGGAAGGGAAAGGGGGCCAAAGGGAGGGCUAGGUCUGGUGGCCGUGCACACCAGAAGGGAUCAAAACAGCAGGCUAAAGCUUCUCAACCAAGUCCUACCACCUGCUCUGCUUCGACAAAGCUGCCAAUCACAGAGGAGAACCAGUCGGAUCAAAGAGAACAGGCAGACAAACCUGACGGACUGCCGCCUUCAACGAACGAGGGGACAGAGGACACAAGGAAAGACAGUGAAGAGGCAGAAGCCAAAUCCUUGCCUGUCUGCAAUGGCCAAUCGGGCACAUCCUUAUUUAACCACUCUAAUGAGGAGGCGAGGUCAGGAGAGACAUGUCCUGACCUUCUGAAUGGUGUGACAUCUAAAGAGCCUCCCCUGCUGAGGGAACUGGACACAGAGCUUCUCCAGUCAGGGAAGCUAAAGUUGACAGGUACAGUUGACAGGUUGGGACGUGCUCUGAUUGUCAUGGUGACAGAUGCAUCAGAGGAGAGUUACUGUGAGGAGGAGAUGGCCCGGGUACUGGCCUGCUACCACAGAAUCACUCGGCCUGCAGCUAGAGAAAAAGGUCUCACGGUGUUAAUGGACAGCAGAUGCGCUCCACCCUCCACUCUCUGCCUCUCUGCGCUUAAAUCGUUCCAGGUGUUGGUUCCUGGCGGUCUUGGAUCUGUUCUGGUUUUGGUAGAAGAGCAGCAGGAGUCCCUUUCUCAUAAUCUGGAGGGAGCAGAGAUCCACCUGGUGCGAGGAACUGUGGUCCUACAGCAAUAUGUAGACAAGCAACAGCUGCCCAAAGAGAUGGAUGGAGACUUCACCCACUGUCACUCAGACUGGCUGGUCUUCAGACUAAGCCUGGAGAGUCUGACAGAGCGCUGUGAGAGCGCCAUCUCACUCCUAGGAGAAGCACUACAGUCUAUGGACGCUGAGCCAAUGCCAGACAACAUCAAGGUCGUUCCUCUGAGCAUCGACAAACACAGACAGCUCAUGGUGAGCGUCCUGGCCGACCAGAGAUUAACCGAACUGCAGCAAAGGGGCGGGGCCUGGCUCGCAGGACUGACCAAUAGCGCAACUGGACUUGCACAAAAGUCACCAGACUGCAGGGCUGCUCUCGCUGCGACCUCUCAACUCUAUGACAGCGUGGAUGACGCCCUCCACCGGCUCGUCCGAGUGUCCAACCAAAGAGGCCACGACCUGGAAGCUCUGGGACGACUGGCGGGGCUGGCGGAAAAACUGGAAAAGUGCGAUAAGGAGAUUGAGCAAGUCCAGUCACAGCUGGAAGACUACAAGGACCCUCCUCUGUCCCUCAGCAGACUCUCGCUCAAACAGCAGAAAUUCAAGACUUUCAGAGAAACAGCCAAUGAUCUGCACAGUGAGACUCUGUCGGUGCUCAGCGAUCUGGAGGGCUGGUGCGAGCUGGACUGGGCAGGCCUGAGCGAUGUCCAGAUCCGACUUCCUCCAGUGCGGGAGAAGCUGAGAGACAUGUCCCACUGUCUGUCUGACUGCUGGACCACCCUGGAUAACACACAGAGGCUGCUGUCCACACUGACCGAGGCCACCCAGUGGUGCGACGCAGUCUCCUCCACCUCCUCCUCGCCACCACCUUCUUCUUCAACCUGCCCUCUCGCCUCCCUCCCUCCGAUCCCCCCGUCCCGUUUCCAGGAUGCUCGUUCCUUAGCUAUAGAGCUUGGUGGUGGGGCGCUCCUGGAUCUAUGGACCCAGACGGUAGAGCGCUACCAGCGGACCGUAGCGCAGGUUAAACCGCGGUUCCUCCAGUCUGACAGGACCCAGAAUCAGGGCCAGGGGAAGCCGAAGACGCCUUCUGCCAGCAGCCUGUGGGACCUGAUGGGUCCUGAGGGAGAGGGCGACUGGGGUCUGGGAGCCGGAGGAGGCGAAGGUGGGCUACAGUCCUGGGGAUCCCUGGCAUCGCUGUUCAGGCCGCAAACCUGCUCCACACUGAAGAUAGGAGAGGAGAAAGGGAAUAAGAAAGAAGGAGCAGUGGGAGGAAGCGGAGGAGGAGCAGGCGGAGCUGGAGGAGGGAAGUUCCUGCAGAACCUUCUGAAUCCCGCAAAGAAGAGUCCCACAGACGCCCCGCUCCCUCCCAAACCCCCCAGGAAGCGCCACCCAAGCUUUGACCUCCAGGCUCUUCUGGCUCCCCGCCGAGGCACUGCGACCCCCAAACCUGCUGAGUCCCCGGUGGGCGGGUCGAGCCGUAGCUCCCCGAUGUCCUGGCUGGGGAGACGGGCGUUGGCUGACCCAGUCAUUACCACUAGCAUGGCUGCAGCCAUCCCUGGUUGGGGCGGAGGAGGAGGAGGUGGGGUGUUAAUUCGAGGGGUGGAGGUCAGCAGCAAGGAGGUGGUGGACCACACGGGGUCGCCAAGGCAACACGUGCUGCUAGGGAGGACUGAGAGGGAGACGGGGACAGAUCGGGCCGGUUCAACUGCACAGAGUAAGUUGUACCUACUCUGGUGCAGGAUGCUGAGUUCAGAGAGGCAGUAUGUGGCUGUCCUGAAGGGGGUAGAAGAGACAUACCUCCCCUUACUGGAGCUCUUAGACACCCCGGCCUCCAUCAGGGGGAAGGCGGACACCCUCUUCCCCAACUGGGUCAGCCUCAGCACCUUCCACUCGCAGAACCUACUCCCUGCCAUGGAGGGAGCGCUUGUGCAGAGCUUGUUGCAACAGGACUGCUUCAGCAAAUAUAGGGAGCAGUUCCUGCAGUACUCCCACUACAUCAGGGCUAAACCAGAACUGGACUCUCCGCUGGUCACACAGGCUGCCGACUUCUUUAAGUCCAAGCUCCCCUCAGCCUCCCCCCUCUCCCCUCUGUCCUUCCCUCACUGUCUUCAGGCUCCCACUCAGAGACUGGAGCAGUACUGCGAGGCCCUGGAGGAGCUGGGAGGGAUAAACCCCGCCUCCGACUCCGCCCUCUCCAUCCUGAGGCAUGCCCAGCGGCACGGCGAGGACCUGAGGGCCAGUGACCUCAUCGUCGGAUGUCCGAUCCCCGUGGCGGAGCGCGGCGAGCUGGUGCGGCAGGGCGAGCUGACGGUGUGCGGGGGAGCUCGGAGGAAGCGGGCAGGCGUGAGGAAUGUUUUCCUCUACCAGCACGUCGUCAUCUUCACCAAACAGAAGAGCCCCGGCCCGGGACGCAUCUCCUACAGCUACAAACACAGUAUCAAGACGGGUGAGAUGGGUCUGACUCAGAGCGUUGGGGAGGAUGGCGUGAAGUUCGAAGUCUGGGUGCGACAGGCUCCUCGCAUCAGAGACUGUGUCACGCUGCAAGCGAAGGACAGGGAGGAGAGGGUGGCCUGGACUCAUGACGUUGCCCAUCUGCUGUGGACACACGCCAUCAACAACACAGAGUUGUGUCUGAAGGAGUCACUCUGCAUGGGAGUUUCCAGUAAGCUGCUGCUGGAUGCGACAGGAACUCCAGGCUCAGAGCUGGACUCCAUCUACAGUCUUAACGACAGAGUCCACAGUAGCUGCUCAGACUCCUCCUCGGUCGGCAGUCAGAAGGAGGGGGGAUCCCCAGCGUCUGGGAGGGACCCCAGGAGAAGCUCCGGAUCAACAAGUUACUCGCAGAGUCAGUCCCCCUCUACAGCGGUUUAACCGUCAUCUCAAUAAGAAAACUGGACCUUGGACUUUUUUUUGAAGAUUAAACAUCUCCAUUCCACCUCUGGGCAAGCCAAACUGGACCUCAAGGAGCAAGAAGACAAAACGGAGACCCUCAGACUCUAUUUGAACUUGUCCCACAUGCUCACUCGCAUUCCCUUCCCUUCCCUCCCCCCCACCACCAUUGCCCCCUUCACCUCCUUAAAACAAAUAAAAUGCCAGCAGAUUAGCCGGAGCCGCGCUGCACUGCUUUCCUCCCCGUUAUAAACCUCCCAGCUCUGAUAUGAGCCCCCAAAGAAAAGCUGCCUCCAAAAAAGGAUCAAAAACUGCCCUGUUUAAACCAUGACAAGCACCAGCAGGGCUCUCUGCACUCCGCCAUUUUGGAUCUGCCAGUCUCAGUUGCUGGCAGAGUCAUUGACACCAAAGGCACUUCAGCCACACAGUGCGGCCAUUGUCUGCCCCACGGCUCCCCACUAGGCCAAACCACUUGGUCUGAACCACUGACUGCCUGGCUGGCUGACUGUACGCAUCACAUGCUCCAGCAUCUGAUAAUAAACAGGAAGUAAUAUACAAGGCGUAAAUCCACCGUAGGAUUGCAGAUUUGUAUUAUGUACUUUGUCAUUUUCAUAACGCCGAAUGGAGUACUGUAGGUUUAUUUUUUUGUCUCCUGUCUGUGUAAAAAAUGCGUGGCAUAGGCUAGGUGUGAUUGCAUCUAUGUAAAUGAGGCAGGGGUGGUGUGAGCAUGCACGCUCACACAAAUACACACAAACACAGUGUCCCUCAACACAUGCAGUCAUUCUUAUUGUUAUAAGACAGUGGAGCACUAUUCACAUGCUCACACACACACACACACACACACACACUCACUGAGGUCAUUUUACAGCCUGGUACAGUGGUUAAAUCAACGUCAGGCAAGGUUACAGCUGGACACAUACAGUAAGAGUUGCCUGGAUGAUGAACGGGGAACGUCUUACAGUACUAUAUUACCCAACUGCUAUACAUUCUGUUACUGUGUUUGUUUAAGCUAAUGAUGUCGUAUUAACAGUGGCAAGGAUUUAAGGGCGAAAUUGUAUAAGUGUAACUUAUGUCAGCAACAUGAGCUUCUUGGUGCCUUAAAAAAUGUUCUGCAGCGUACUGAUAACUACCGGUAAUAAAUCGAAUACUAUGCCUUUUAAUAUAAGAUGCCAUAUUAUAUAUGCCAAAGGUAUAAAAUGGGUGUCUGUGCAAUGUUUUCUACAAAGAGGUAUUGUUGUUACGUCUGAGCUUUUCUGAGUGGACUGCUUUCUCCAUAAAAUAGAGAAAGGUGGAUCUGUUCAAUGUGCUAUAUUCUGGUUUUACUGGUUUUGUGCUUGCAGCCAGAAGACAUGAACUACUUCUGAUUAUUCUUAAAGAGGUAAUUUACUCAGACCUGACCUUUAGGUUGUUGCUCCAAGGAAAGCAGUUUCCUAGAACGCCCCCAACUGUUUCUUUUUCAGCGUCUGUUUGUGAAUGCUUGUUCACAGUUUGUAGAAGUCUUCGCGAUAUCUUCAAAGCCCAUUGCCUAAAAAUGUUUGAGAUGAUGAAAUUGUGAUGUGAGGACAUUUGCUUUAUCGUAAAUCUUAAAUGAAUAGUUUGACAUUUUGGGAAAUAUGCCUAUUUGCGUUAUAUGAGAAGAUCUAUACCACUCUCAUGUUUAAAAUAUGAAGCUACUUUCAUCAGCCGCUUAUCUUACCUUAGCAUAAAGACUGGAAAUACGAGAAAACAGCUAGGCUGGGUUUGUCCGAAGGUGUCAAAAAACACAUACCAGCACCUUUAAAGCUCACUUAUUAACACAUUAUGUCUGGUUGUUUGUUUCGUACAUAAAAAACGAUAAAUUGUAGUUUAAUGGGAAGUUAUGUGCCAGACAGAAAAGUCCAGUUAUACCGCCUGUAAAAGUUUAUACCCUUCGUUUUUUGCAUGGAUUAAACAAAUGAGAUUUAUUUAAUGAGUCCCAAUAGGCAGAUUUUGUUACUUUCAGACAGAGCCAGGCUAGCUGUUUCCCCCUGCUUCCAAGUCUUUGUGCUGGCAUAAGCAUCACAUUGUGGUACGUUAGAGUGGUAUCAGUCUUCUCUCUAACUCUGUUCAAGAAGCAAGCAGAUUUCCCAAAAUGUUGAACUUCCACUUUAAGAUGUCAUAUCUCAAAGCUAAUAGAUACGAUAGCUACAAUAAUAACUUCUACUUGCAGACCAGAAGCUUAACCUCUACUACUCUGCCUCACUCACUAAUGGGUCCAUCAUUAAAAAUACUUGUUACACUGCUGAAUUGUAUUCAAACUCUCAGAACUCAAAGAAUUCUAUAAGGAAAUUACAUUAGUACGGCUCGCAAUGUCAUUUUAUGUUGUGAUGCUGCCAAAAAGAAUUAAACGUAGUAGACAUAGCUCAUAUUAUAUGACAGCAAGCAAGCAGCCAGUAAAACCAAUCAUCAUCCACUCACUGGUUUGAUUGGAUAGCAUGUGUAUCACUAUCAAACAAUAUCAUGCUUAAGGUACAAUAUGAAACCAUCAGGUAGCGAAAGCCAGCAGCAGCGGGAGGUUAAGCUCGUGUCUGCAGACAGCAGCGGCAGCAGUUUGUCGCCGUUAUCAGAUUUAGCACGUUUCAUAUCUGCAUUCAAAUUCAGAAAUUGCAAAUGGCUAUUGAGCCGUUUCUGAAUCAAUAUGUAAUUUGUUGGCUUGGAGAAGCCUCGUACACUUCAUAGCCUUUAGCUGUUUGGUACAUUGCGUUAUAUUGGAAGCAAUGUAAUGAACACCAUCUUUCAUUCCUACUGCAGUAUAGAUUGUCAUAUGCAGAAAUUCCUCACUUGUGUACGCCGUGGCAAGGCAGUAUUAAUGUGUAGAAACUUUUCUCUCGCUCUGUUGCUACGACGCACUCUUCCUGAUGUUUACAUUUUUUGAAAGGAAUGUGGAAUGUUGGAAAUGCAUGUUAUGCUUACUUGAUAAUUGUACUUUGACUGUUUUUUUCCCUCCCGUGUUGAAUUAAAACUGGAUCCGAGUUCCAAA